AUGGAGACUCUCGACGCGAUCCUCGCGAGAUACGUUGCCGAAGGCGACGAAACCCGGGACAAGCUUCUCGGGGCAGCAUUCGUCGUCGUUGAUAGCAAUAAAAUCCUCUACGAAGGCUCAACUGGCCGCACCUCCAUUCCAGCAAACAGCACCCCCUUCAACGCUUCCUCCCUCACCUGGGUCGCCUCGUCCAGCAAAAUCAUCACCGUCCCCGCCAUCCUCACCCUCGUCGAACGCGGCCUCUUCUCUCUCGACUCCGACGUCCGACCCCUUGUCCCCGAGCUGGCCGGCCUAAAUAUCCUACGCGGUUUCAACCCCGCAAAUGGCGCACCCAUUCUCGAAGACAACGAUACCGAAAUCACACUGCGCUACCUACUCACGCACACAGCCGGGCUAGCCUACGACGUCGCCGACCCGGACUUAAAGAAGUGGUCGAAAUCGAUAGGCAGGACGGACACAAAUCUACACCACACACUGGCGGGCUGGACGACACCAUUAAAGUUUACCCCGGGCCAGGGCUGGCGGUAUGGCACGUCGAUCGACUGGGCGGCGCAGGUGGUCGAGCGCGUGACGGGCCAGACGAUCGGCGUAUACCUCGAGGAAAACAUACUACGGCCGCUCGGCAUGGCAGACACCACGUUCCACUCCACCUCCAAGCCUAAUCUCGAGAAGGCAGGCUGUACGCUGCGCGACCGCAGGACGGGGUCGCUGCAGAUGCGCCCGUUGCCGGUGCCUUUGGAACCGCCGGUCGAAAGUGCGGGCGCGGGAUUGUGGACGACGGGGCGGGACCACGCGCGGAUGUUACGAGCGUUGCUUUCCAUUUCUGAGGGGCAAGAAGAAGGCGGGAUCUUGAAAAAGGAGACGGUCGACGAGAUGUUCCGUCCGCAGCUGAACGACAUGCAGCGGACGUCGCUGCAGGAUACGGUAAACCGUCGGCACAAUGGAAUGAUUCCGGAGUUUCCGCCUGGAACGAUGGUACAACAUGGGAUCGGAGGUAUUAUCAAUGUAGAGGACGUACCGGGGAAGAGGAGAGCGGGGAGUAUGCAGUGGAUGGGCAUGGCGAAUUGUCACUGGUGGAUCGAUCGAGCGACGGGCAUUGCGGCGACGCUGAUUGUAAAUGUUUACCCGUUUCCGGAUGCUGUUGUUAUUAAGCUGUACGACGAACUUGAAAGAGCUGUAUAUGGGGAGUUGUUGGCGGAGCUGCGGAAGUAG